AUGGCUGCACAGGUCGGAGGUCGUGACGUACCGGAAGUUGUUGGCUGCUGCCACCGCAGCAAGUGCAGGCAGGUUGCAAAGUGGCCGGCUCCUUGGCGUGCUUUGUGUGUUUAUCGCCGCAGAGGAGGAAGAUGAGAGCGUUUGAAAUGUGCGGAAAAUGAAGGUGUCCGGCGCGGGGGGACGACAUUCACCGGGCUCGCCUCUGAGGAAGAGGACAACCACACGUAAAGAAACCCGGAAGUGCUGGUGAAGUUCCCAGCAACGAACCGGACAUAAUGAGUGCCAAAUUCGGCCUGAUGGGCUACAACAGCUCGCGGAAGCACAUUUCAAUCUCCAUCCCCUCGUCCACGGAGGUGAUGUCCCCCCACAUCAAGUCUGUGGAGGAGCUGAGGGUCCUGGGCAUCAACCUGAGCAGCUUCAGUGCCCCCACGCAGUUCUUCAUCUGCGUGGCCGGAGUCUUCCUGUUCUAUCUCAUCUAUGGAUACCUGCAGGAACUGAUAUUUUCAGUGGAAGGUUUCAAGCCUUUUGGUUGGUACCUCACCUUGGUCCAGUUUGGCUUCUACUCCAUGUUUGGCCUGGUGGAGCUCCAGCUCACACAGGACAAACGCAGAAGGAUACCAGGGAAGACCUAUAUGAUCAUAGCUUUUUUAACAGUGGGGACCAUGGGCCUGUCCAAUACCUCCCUGGGUUACUUGAACUACCCAACGCAGGUCAUCUUCAAGUGCUGUAAACUCAUCCCUGUCAUGAUCGGAGGGGUGUUCAUACAAGGUAAACGCUAUAAUGUGGCUGACGUGUCUGCUGCUCUCUGCAUGAGUCUGGGACUCAUCUGGUUUACACUAGCUGACAGCAAAGUGGCCCCAAACUUCAACGUCACAGGUGUCAUCCUCAUCUCCCUUGCACUGUGUGCAGACGCCGCCAUCGGAAACGUGCAGGAGAAAGCCAUGAAACUCCACAAUGGCUCCAACUCUGAAAUGGUGCUGUACUCGUACUCCAUUGGUUUUGUCUACAUCCUGACAGGCUUGUUCUGUGUGGGUGGGCUGGGGCCAGCGGUGGCUUUCUGCUCAGAGCAUCCAGUGAAGACAUACGGAUAUGCAUUCUUCUUCUCUCUUACGGGUUAUUUUGGCAUCUCCUUCGUGUUGGCCUUGAUCAAGCUCUUUGGCGCCCUGGUUGCAGUCACAGUGACCACCGGGCGAAAGGCCAUGACUAUCGUACUUUCCUUCAUGUUCUUUGCAAAACCUUUUACUUUUCAGUACAUCUGGGGUGGCCUUCUGGUGCUCUUUGGCAUCUUCCUGAAUGUUUACAGUAAAAACAAAGACAAGAUGAAGCUGCCCUCAAUCAAGGACCUCAGGAGCUGGCUGCUGACCGGAAAGAAAGUCCGACUGCUGUCACAAAACGUAUAGGAGUGCCCACGGAUGUGACUGACGUCCUGCACAGGCAUACGUCCCGGAAAGAUUCAGAGUAUGCCCACUUGUCUCAGGGGAUACGCUGAAGAGUAUGCCCCAGCUAUGAGCCUCAUCGCCAUCGACUUUCAGUACAACCAGUGGUGUAGCCAAGGUUGGGUAUACAGGAUAUACCCACCAACCGGCCUCACAAGCAGUUAACACACAAUAGAACUACGAGGAGUGAUGGGGUCGCUGUAUUCCCUCUCCUUAUUUAACGGCACACAACUGGUGUAGAACUGACAGAAAACCCAGAGAAGGAGAAGCAGUUACUGUUAUCCUCCUCAGAAAACUGAAGGAACUAUAACUAUUUUUCCAUUUUUUUUUUUUUAAGUGGGUCAGUGGCUCGUGGUCUCUUUCACAGUGAAGCUGCAGAGCCCCACAUAAACAUUCCCAACAUGGAGGACAACACUGAGGACCUAAAAGACUGUCAAAAGGGAAGCCAGCGCCUUAGCUAACCAAAUCGCACAGUUUUGCACUGGAAGUGACCUGUGAAACCCUUCAGUGGUUUGAAAAAAAAAUAAAUCUUAAAAGGAACAGGUUGAAAGGGUACAGAAUGAUAUGUUAAUCUACAAAGAUUGAAAUGAAUGUGUACCCCCUCAAAAGCUAAUUAUAAUGAUACACAUAUUUAUAAAAAAAAAAAAAAAAAAGGCAUAUUUUCCCUAGCAUGUGCCACAAGGAAAAAAUGGAAAACAAACAUUGUCUCGG